AUGGGCUCACCAAACAGUGAAAAACUCCAGCCUAUCGCUGGGUAUCGCGAGAUCCAUCAUGAUGCCAGCGGCAGGCUCGAAGACAAUUUCGAUGGACGAAUCAUCAAUCCUAUCGCGCAUUACAACGAUGAUGAGCUGUCUCGCGAUGUUGAAGACUUUUACAGGCAUGAGAUCCUCCGUCAAUCGCCCGAGCAUCGUAUCCAGGAUCCUAUAGACAGGAGUAGACUCGGUCUCUUUCAAAAAGCUGCGCGAAUCGCCCGAAAUCCUCAGAACACGAACAACAUUACCGAACUCACGGAAGAAGACAAAGCCGCGUUGAGGCAGGAGAAAGAACACAUCCUCAGACAACCCUGGAAACUCUGGCUUACACUUAUUACAUGUUCCUGUGGAGCUCUUGUUCAAGGAUGGAGUCAGACUGGCAUCAAUGGCGCCAACACCGCCUGGGGAGACGACCUACAGCUUACGAAAGAAAAGACCGCCCGUGAUUGGCUUUUUGGAUUGGUGAACGCUGCUCCAUAUCUUGCGGCUGGCUUGAUUGGAUGUCUGUUCAUUGACCCACUCAACGACGGCUUGAAGCUGGGUAGGAGGGGCACGAUCUUUGUGGCCGCAAUAUUCUCUCUUUUUGCGGCCAUUGGCUGUGCCGUAUCGCAGAUAUGGUAUCAGCUACUUGUUUCGAGACUAUUGCUCGGUAUUGGUAUGGGUCUGAAAGCCAGCACAAUUCCAAUCUUUGAGUCGCCGCGCUGGUACAUCAAACAUGGACAACUCCUUUCCGCCUUUCAAUCCGCCCACGCACUGAGGGGAAAUGAGCUAUUGGCAGCUCGGGACAUUUAUCUGCUCUUUAAACAAAUACAGGUCGAAGAAGACUACCUUAUUCGAUACCAGAACAGCGGCCUACGAUAUAACCUAGAGGGUAGCCAAGUUGUGGUCCGCAAGUCGAGUUAUUUCCGCCGCGUCAGUGAACUCAUCACCCUUGGCCGUAUCCGGCGAGCAACUCUAGCUUCAGUUAUCGUAAUGCUGUCACAGCAACUCUGUGGGAUCAACAUUAUCAGUUUCUACAGCUCCAACUUCUUCCUAGCCGUGACGGUCAAGGACAAAAAUGCUCCAGCCUUUGCAGAACUGAGGAAGGCCCUCCUCUUCUCCUUCGGGACAGGUCUCACCAAUUUCAUCUUCACCUUUCCUGCGAUCCGCACCAUCGACAAGCUCGGUCGCCGUAAACUCCUUCUCUACACGUUUCCAAAUAUGGCCUGGCUCCUCCUCGCCAUCGGCUUUUCCUACGAAUCCAAAGGCGGACGUUCACUUCCUCUCGUAGGAACUUUCACCAUCAUUUUCGUCGCCGUCUACUCCCUUGGUGGAGGCCCCGUGCCAUUCACGUACAGCGCUGAAGCCUUCCCGCUCAGUCAUCGUGAAGUCGGUAUGGGUGCCGCCGUCGCUACAAAUCUAUUCUUCGCCGGCUUAUUAGGGCUCAUGUACCCUCGCAUGAACACGAAGCUCGGAUCGGCGAAGACAUUAGGAAUAUUCUGCGCACUGUGUAUGAUAGCCUUCUUUCUAGUAUUUUUCUUCGUGCCCGAGACCUCGCAAUGCUCGCUUGAGGAUCUGGACUUUAGGUUUGGAGUCUUGACCAAGAAACACGUACGCCAUCAGAAAGACACCAUCCAAUGGUAUUCGAAGUCCAAAGUCAAGCGGGGCGAGAAACCGAGUUUGUACUUCAUGGACCAGCCUAUCCAUGUCGUUGAAUCUGGCAAUUGGGACAUGGGCGGAGGAAGUGGGUAUGAUCCUCGGGGUGUGGAAGGCUUACAGGAUGAUGUGAGUGGGCGGGGCAGCAUGAGUUCCCAAAGGGUAUACGAAGCUGGUGGGUACGCCAACGGGCCCCCAGAUGAUGUAUCGCGCACGAGCUCGGUGCAUGAAAUAGUGUAUGAGAUUGGCGAGGGGCGGCCAGCAGAUCAAUCCGCAGAUUGGUACAUCCGGCCUGGCGAGAUCGGGGAGUCGAAAGGCUUGAAGAUCUGA